UCCUUGAAACAAACCUGAAAGAUCCUUCCACUGACACCAUGGUCAACUCUUGUUGUGGCUCCGUCUGCUCUGACCUGAGCUGUGGCCAGGACCUCUGUCAAGAGACCUGCUGUGCUCCCAGCUGUUGCAGACCAAACUGCUGCCAGUCUGUGUGCUGCCAACCAAGCUGCUGCCAAACUACUUGCUGCCGCCCAACUUGCUGUGUGUCCAGCUGCUGCCAGCCCUGCUGCCGCCCCACUUGUUGUCGGCCAGCCUGUUGCCAGACCACUUGCUGCCGCCCCAGCUGCUGCCGCCCCAGCUGCUGCAGACCAAGGUGCUGCCACUCUGUUUGCUGCCAACCUACUUGCUGCCGCCCUUCCUGCUGCCAGACCACUUGUUGCCACACAACUUGCUGUCGCCCCAGCUGCUGUGUGUCCAGCUGCUGCCGCCCCAGCUGCUGUGUGACUAGCUGCUGCCGCCCUUGCUGCCGCCCCAGCUGCUGUGUGUCCAGCUGCUGCCGCCCCAGCUGCUGUGGGUCCAGCUGCUGCCAGCCCUGUUGCAGACCUACUUGCUGCCAGACCACCUGCUGUAGAACCACCUGUUGCCACCCAGCCUGCUGUGGCUCCUCCUGUUGCUGAACCCCCAGCCCUCUAGCCAUCUUGCCAUCAGUUGUGGCUUUUAUAGGAAACACACAGAUUUCUGUUCAUCUAUGAGAUACUCUCACAGGGAGAGCAUCUUGACACCAAUCUACUCUGAGACAACUAUGAAAAACUAAAUCCAUUUUCUGGAUAAGUGGAACCUGAUUACAUUUCCCCCCCUCUUUCAAUUAUGGACUAUCAAUGUUGAAUGUGGUGAUUAAAAAGGGAACUACUUCCACCAGCUCUGUGCCCUCUAGUUGGCAUUCAAAAGCUAUAGCAACGUGCUAUCAUGGAAGAUCAGAAUAAAAACAUUUCUUCCCAGCAUUUUUCAUAAACUAGACACAGAUUCAAGAAGAUCAAUAAAACAGAAAAUGUUCAUUCUAGAUUUACAGAAAUCUUAACUUUUUCAUUCGUUAUUGCUUAUGUGUUUCCUAAUAAAAAUAUUACU